AUGGAAAACAACGCUGCUAAGAAACCCACUGUACGAGGCAACAUGGUGGAGGAACAGGAGGAGCAGGAGGAGACAGAGGUGCCAGAAGUUGUUCCAAAGCCUAAUCCAUGGAGUCGCGAAACAUAUUUCGGUUCAUUCUUAUUCAAUUUGGGGGCCUUCGCCCUUCCAGCCUUGUACAGCACCCUUAGCAAGCUCUGGGUGGCAAACAUCGAUGCGAAACAAGUGGUUACCACGGAUGUUUACACUUACAUUGGAGUGAUUGUCGAAGUGCUUAACGAGGGCCUGCCCCGUUCUGCAUGGCACGUCAUUGGGGACAAAUCUACGCGGACUAUCUCCUCACGAUUGAAUCUGGCAUGCACCAUGAUUUUUGCGCAGACUGCCCUUGGAGUGAUAAUGACAAUCAUAUUCCUGGCUGCCUCCAAGACUCUGGCUUCCGGAUUCGUACCGGUGGAAGUGAGACAAUCCUCUAUCACCUAUGUACGACUGUCAUCUGUACAGGCCGUGACGUCGGCUAUAGAAGCCGCUUUAUCGGCAUCGACAAGGGCACUAGAUAACCCGGACGUGCCUUUGAUCAUCAGUUCUGCAAAGUUCAUCAUCAACAUCGUUCUCGAUUUAUUAAUCAUUUCAAACGUACAUGUUGGUGGCUGGAAACCUACGAUUGUCAUGCAGGCCAUAAUUCGACUGGUUUGCGAUAGUGUAUCGUCUUUAGCCGGACUGAUAUACUUUCUCACGGUUGUCGUGCGACGUUGCCAAAAGGAUACAGAUGGUCCACAUAAACUGCGCUGCAAAAUAUCUGCUUUGUUGAUACUUAUAAAACCCAGCGUUUACACAUUCGCGGAGUCAGCUAUCCGAAAUGCGAUUUAUCUGUGGCUUGUCCAUAGAAUAAUUCUACUGGGGAGUGACUAUGCAACUUCAUGGGGGGUCUUCAACACGAUCCGCUGGGGACUUGUCAUGGUUCCCGUACAGGCAUUGGAGGCUUCUACUCUGGCUUUUGUCGGUCAUAACUGGGGCCAGUUCCGUGCUCAAAGUGGCACUGAGUACCCCAAGGCGACCAAGAAAGACCUUAUUGAACUGAUUCGGCCAGCGCUUCGCUCCUGUUUGAUUGUGUUGGUUUUCGAGACCAUCAUAUGUAUCGCAUUAUCGCUGCGUGGGAUAGAGGCAUUUGCAUAUUACCUAUCUGACUCGAGUAUUGUGGCAAAGAUCACCCAAACCAUGUGGAAGAAUAUCGACUGGACCUACAUAUUUUAUGGUUUAAAUUGCCAGAUCGCGGCAAUUCUUCUUGCGACAUCACCACGAUGGUACCUCUACCAAUCACUUGGGUCCAACAUCCUUUGGAUGCUGCCUUGGGCGAUUGUCGUUACAGUUGUAUCCUUACCAAAGUCUUUAGCGUGGACAUACUAUGCAAUAAUAUUUGGCGGAGCCUUGGUUUUUGAUUUUAUUGACGUGAGCUUGACUGCUGCCCUGUGGAUUUACAGGCUCACCAGAGGAAAGGUCGGAAUGGGCCCAAAGCCACAGAGUGACUAG